AUUCUACUCUGAUUAUUUGAUAAAUUCAGGUCAAAACGUUACUGUUUGAUCUGUGAUUGACUUGGAGGGCAAAAAAUAAGUCUGAAAAUAUUAAAGAUAUUAAAAGACUAUAUGGAAUAAGUUCUUUGCGCAGUGUUUUCACGUUUGUUAUAAAAAAAUAUGGGGGAACGUUAUAACAUUCACAGUCAGUUAGAACAUUUACAGUCAAAGUAUAUUGGUACAGGCCAUGCUGACACAACAAAGUUCGAAUGGCUUGUAAAUCAGCAUCGUGAUUCUUGCAGUUCUUACAUGGGACAUUAUGAUUUAUUAAAUUUCUUUGCCAUUGCUGAAAACGAAGCAAAAGCACGCGUUCGAUUUAAUCUUAUGGAAAAAAUGUUACAACCUUGUGGUCCGCCUCCAGAAAAGCCAGAAGAUUAAAUUCUAUAAAAGCUUAUUACACAUAAGCUACAAAUACAUUCAAAUAAUUAAAAAUAUCUUGUAGUUUUUUGUAUAAAUUAAUUAAACUUUAUGAUUCUGAUAUGUGUCAUAAUAUAAAAAGCGUAUUUGAUUUAAAUAAAAUUAAAACUUAAUAGAGUACUAGCAAUGAAAUGGACUAUUCUUAUUAUUAAAAUUCAUAACCUAUGUGAGGAUUUAGUCACGUGUUUAAACUGAAAUAUUAAAAGAAUGUAAGAGUGUUUAAGUUACUAAAUAAGGUAUUAUUAUAAACAUUUUGUCGCGUAUGUGUGAUAUGGACAAAGUAUAGAAAAUACA